AUGUGGUUCGCGUUCGACGCCGUCGCGCCCUCGAUCGCGCUGUGCGUCGUCGCCGCGAUCGCGUACGUCCUGGGCGCGCGGUCGACGCGCGCGACGGCGCUAGCGCGGGCGCGCGCGAGCGAGCGCGCGGGACGGACGCGCGCGGAGAAACGUUUGCGAGAGGUCUCGUUAGAGCUCGAGCGCGCUCGGAGGUGCGCGCGACGGACGAGGGAGGACGCGCGGACGGGAUCGAGCGAUGCGUCGUACGACGCGCGUCCGAUAGGGACGUUCGCGUCGGCGUUCGAUCGUCGAACGGGGACGCCGCGUCAGGGGAACGUCGUGCCGCUCGCGCGAGGACGAGUCGAGCUCGAGCGCGAGUGGGUCUCGGGCGCGGCGCUGGAUGGGUUAGAGGAGUUCACGCACUGUUGGUUGAUUUACGUAUUUCACGCGAACACGGAUCUGGGAAGGAAAGGGGUGGGAGAGGUCGUGGACGAUGGGCGCGGACGCGGGCAGCGGCGGACGACGGCUCGGGCGAAGAUACGCGUGCCGAGACUAAACGGAGAGAAGCGAGGGUGUCUGGCGACGCGAACGCCUCAUCGGCCGUGUAACAGUUGCCCGAUUGGUCUCAGUUUGGUGGAGAUCCUUCGCGUGCGCGGGACGUCGCUGGACGUGGCGGGGGCGGAUUUGGUUGACGGGACGCCGAUAUUAGACAUCAAGCCGUACGUUCCAUACAGCGAUUGUAUUCCGAGCGCGCGAGCACCGAACUGGGUAGGAAACGCCCUGGAAGAUGGCGAUGGCCCACUGACCGUGGACGAGGUAAGUUUCACGGCUGUUGGCGAGGCGGCAAUCCGGGCGGCUUGGCACGCGCGCGAAAAGUCGUCGAUGUACGAAAGUGCCGACGAGUUCAUUGCGUUUGUCACUCAAGUACUGAGCCGGGACAUUCGAUCAUAUCAUCAACGCUUGAAAGCUUGCAGUAAUAGCCAGCGUGAAGUCGACUGGCGCGUCAGUCUCGAUGGUAUUGUCGUAAUUUACAGACAAGCGGGUAAAGCAAUUGAAGUCACGGGAGUCGGAGAAUCCACAUGA